CUCACUACGGAAGUGAAGAGAGGAAACGGCAGCGAUCGCAGCUCCGGUGCCGCUCAGUUUGGACUAAAUAAAGGCGGAUAAAAUCCAUCACAAUGUCGGGAUUUGACUCAAACCCGUUCGCAGAUCCAGUCGACGUCAAUCCCUUCCAGGAUCCGUCUGUCACUCAGGUGACAAACUCUGGAGUGGAUCACAUUGAAAGCUUCAGUCCGUUUCCGGAUGGGAAUCAGGGAUCCACUACUCCAGCAUUCAGCACUCCGACUCAACCCGCUGUCCUGCAGCCGUCAGUCGAGCCCAGUCCACAGGCCACAGCUGCAGCUGCGCAGGCCAGUCUGAUCAAACAACAGGAGGAGCUGGAGAGAAAAGCAGCAGAGCUGGAGAGAAGAGAACAAGAACUGCAGAGCAGAGGAGUGCCCACAGGCAAACAGAACAACUGGCCUCCCCUGCCCAAGCGUUUUCCCAUCCAGCCGUGCUUCUACCAGGACUUCUCUGAGGAGAUCCCACAGGAGCACCAGCGCCUCUGCAAGAUGAUCUACUACCUGUGGAUGUGGGAGUGUGUGACGCUGUUUCUGAAUGUUCUGGCGUGUCUGGCUGAUUUCACCACUAACUCAGAGGCAGGCGUUGACUUCGGCCUCUCCAUCCUCUGGUUCAUCCUCUUCGCUCCCUGCUCCUUCCUCUGCUGGUUUAGGCCUGUCUAUAAAGCCUUCAGGUCUGACAGCUCCUUCAAUUUCUUCUUCUUCUUCUUCGUUUUCUUCGCUCAAAUCGUCGUUUCCGUGAUCCAGGCUGUGGGGAUUCCCAAAUGGGGAAACAGCGGCUGGAUUUCCGCCAUAGCAGUGAUCGGCUCUAAUAAAGCAGUGGGAGCCAUUAUGAUGGUGGUUGCGGCCUUCUUUACAGCCGCUGCGGCGCUCUCGGUGGUUUUACUCAAAAUGGUUCAUUCACACUACCGCCGCACCGGGGCCAGUUUCCAGAAAGCGCAGCAGGAGUUUUCUCAGGGCGUCCUGACAAACCGCACUUUCCAGAGUGCAGCCGCUAGCGCCGCCACCACGGCUGCCCAGAGCUCACUGCAGAGGAACUAGAACCACAAAAACAGCACCAGAACACACGUCUCCUUCCCAGAAUCCUCUGCUCAUCGGCCUGCCGCUCCAAAACCCAGCUACGGCCCUGAAACUCCAUUGGGUCGCAGUACGGACUGCAGAGGCACUACUUUCAUGGUUAUUUGGGGUUUUUGAAAGCGAAGGUAUGAAGCGUAAAUGUUUGUAUAUUGGUGUGUGCGCAGGAGUAGUCCUCAACAUCAGUUGUGCUGUAAAUAUAUAUAAAGUAAUUUAACAUUUCCCAGUCAUGCAAAGUGGUACUCAAGUGUCCUUAAAUUAAAAUGAUCAUGAAGGAGCUCAUCUGUUAAAGCUUUAAUCUUAACAUUUUACUAAAGAUUUCUAGAUGUAAAUAAUGUUCUCUAGGGAAUGUGCCACGUGCUCUCAUUGCUGAUAUUUGAUUUGCUGAAACGUUUGCACUUUGUGCCAAACAUAAUGACAUGCAUCAUGGGAAGCGGUAAGCGUUUAUUGUCUUCAUCGUAAGACUGAAGGUUAGGGUUUAUUUUUUACAUUGGGAUUAAUUCCUGCUGCAUCGUCUAGUGAUUGUGUACAAGCUUGUUUUUUAGGUAGCUGAUUAUAAACAGUCAAAUCAAAUCAGUUUGACAUGUACUUAAAUUAAAUGACUGUUUUUAAAGCCUUUUGAAACAAAACGCUCCUGAAAUGUUGCUAUAAAAUCCCACUUAGAGACGGCUUCAUGUUAUCAGAUUAGAUUUGAAGAUGUUUUUCAAGGUAUUUUUUGAACUAAUUAAAUUUUUCUGAUGAA